AUGUGUUACGGCACUUUUUUCGGAAUGAAAUAUCCAAAGAUAUGCGCCCAGAAAUGCCGCUUUGUGCAGUAUUAUGGUUACUAUACCAUCAAUGGAAUGAAAUUCUAUGAUGAUGACUGGGAAGAGAAUGAAUAUCUGUUGUCAUCUAGCGUCACAGCAAUUCAGCUAAAAAUGUUGAGAGAUUUCGAUGCAGAGUUACUUAUCGGCAUCAUGAGCUACGACCAAAAGGCGGACAUCUACAACUAUGUGCACAAGUAUACCCUGUCAGCUGAAAACAACUGGGACUGCACCGUCACGACCGAAGGCAAAGAAAACAGUGGAUUUGCCGUCGAAGAAAAAAAUGACGUAUUGGUGAGUCACAAUGGUGAACAACCAAGGGAAAUCAAUUGCAACACUAAAAAGGACAGGAAUGGUGUAAGGCUGAAUGCAAUCACAGCCGGUGUGCUGGCUUUCAUAAGGCCUUGUAACAUCAUUGUCAGCCUUAAUGAACUUUUCGGUUCAGAGUCUAAGACACAAGUGUACGGCCAUUUACACAACCUGAUGUCGAAGAAGGAGAUGGAGAAAACAGGGUUUGUAAUUUAUGAUGACGCCUGCCACCUGCGCAAGUUUGCGCGGAAUCCGUCAAGGGCUCAGACAACGCCGACCACGAAAAAGUUGGCAUCCAUAGAAAUCCUUGUGGACAGGAUGCAUAUGCGCGGUCAUAUUGACCCAUGGUGCAAGCGAAACUGUGGGACUGGACGCUUCAGGGACUUAGACAAGGUCAACACUGAAGUCUGUGAACAAGUCUUCUCGUGGCUUUCCAGAUAUAAAAGAAUGACGAAACACAUGAACAAGGAGAGAUUCAUGUUCUUCCUUCUCUACAUUGCGCAUUUGCACAAUAUGCGUGAAGUGAAGUUACGAAGCUUACCGUAA